GAAUAGGAAAGGGAAGCAAAGGAAAGGAUUCUCCUCUCCUCGCAUCGCAGGAUCUGGGGAGAGAUCGACCAUACCAGUCCCCACGCCAUCAUCCCGUCUCCCUCCGUGUGGUUCGUUGGCGGCGGUCCUCAAGUAGCCGUCGCACGUGGAACACGAGACAGCUACAGCUUAAACACAAGAAGAAGAGGACGCCCCCGGUCGGGAGGAGAGGAGAGGAGAGGAGAGGAGACCAGACCACCACCACCACCACUCCACCCCCAUCACAGAAACAGAGAGAGCCCUGCCUACAAUGGCGGCGGCCCUCGAGUCUGGCUGGCAGGCCCUGACUGCCAACUUCACCGAGUUCCAGCUCGCCACCGUCUUCACCUUCCUGAUCCACGAGGCCGCCUUCUUCCUCUCCGGCCUCCCCUCCCUCCUCUUCGAGCGAUUCGGGCUCUUCGCCAAGUACAAGAUUCAGAAGAAGAGCAACACCUCUGCUUAUCAAAACAGAUGUGUCCUGCGCCUCAUUCUCUACCAUGUCUGUGUGAACUUGCCUGUCGUGAUUUUCUCCUACCCUGCCUUCAAAUUCAUGGGCCUUAGGAGCUCUCUUCCUCUGCCACACUGGACGGUUGUCGUAUCUCAAAUUCUAUUCUACUUUGUACUGGAGGAUUUUGUAUUCUAUUGGGGGCACCGGGCACUGCACACCAAAUGGCUAUACAAGCAUGUCCACAGCGUCCACCACGAAUAUGCUACACCCUUUGGGUUAACUUCUGAAUACGCCCACCCUGCGGAAAUUUUGUUCCUGGGAUUCGCCACAGUUGUUGGCCCUGCUCUUACUGGCCCUCAUUUGUUGACCCUGUGGCUUUGGGUGGUGUUGAGGGUAUUGGAGACAGUUGAAGCUCACAGCGGCUACCACUUCCCAUGGAGCCCCUCAAAUUUCCUGCCACUGUAUGGCGGCUCGGACUUCCAUGACUACCAUCACCGUGUGCUCUACACCAAGUCAGGGAACUAUUCCUCGACUUUUGUGUACAUGGACUGGUUGUUUGGGACGGACAAGGAUUACCGCAAGGUGAAGGCCAUGGAGGAGAAGGAAGGGAACAAGGAUAUGUAGAUCAUGCAUGCAUGAGAGCUGCGAAUAAUGAAGACAGGAGGCUAUUAGCAGCACGUACUGUGUACUACAAUCGUACGUAAUCCUGGGGAUUUGUGUUAGUUCCUGCUUUAAUUUGUUUGGGCGGGAUUGGAUGUAUAUACAUGGGAUGGGAUGGCGUGAACCAUUUGGAUCGGAGCUAGUAGCAAGAUGAUCGAUGAGGUUAAUAAUGUGACGUUUAGUUUGCUUGCGUGAUGAACUAAUAAUAAUGUCAACAAAUUAAUAAAGCAAAAACUAUAUAUAGCCGGCCUGUUCAGCUGCA